UCCAAUUAACAAAGGAGCGUUGCUGCCAGCCAAUCAGAGAGGAGAACAUGCUAUAAAAGCCGCCACGGCUGCGGAGCGGUGUCAUUGCACUGUACAGGUCUUGGGAAGCGGCUCUGCUGCCUGAGAGCGAUGGCGCGUACGAAGCAGACAGCGCGUAAGUCGACGGGCGGGAAGGCGCCCCGCAAGCAGCUGGCCACCAAGGCGGCCCGCAAGAGCGCGCCGGCCACGGGCGGCGUGAAGAAGCCGCACCGCUACCGGCCCGGCACGGUGGCGCUGCGCGAGAUCCGGCGCUACCAGAAGUCGACGGAGCUGCUGAUCCGCAAGCUGCCCUUCCAGCGCCUGGUGCGCGAGAUCGCGCAGGACUUCAAGACCGACCUGCGCUUCCAGAGCUCGGCCGUCAUGGCGCUGCAGGAGGCCAGCGAGGCCUACCUGGUGGGGCUGUUCGAGGACACCAACCUCUGCGCCAUCCACGCCAAGCGUGUCACCAUCAUGCCCAAGGACAUCCAGCUGGCCCGGCGCAUCCGCGGGGAGCGCGCCUGAGGU